AUGAAGGAAAACAAGAUGAAGUCGAGUUUACGGGCAAAGAGAUUCUUCGGGGAAGAUUGUAAAGGAGUCGGUCUGAGGCGAAAAGCCCCUAACAACGAAAAAGGCUUGAAAGACGAGGAAGGGAAAUGCACCGCCAGCACUAUAUUAAGAACGACAAAGAUACUGAAUUUGCUGAUGGAAGUUGAAGAUACUGGCCGAUUCCAUCUUGAUUAUAUCAUCUUACUGAUUUUUGCUAUUCCUGAAUUGACUUCAUCCUUCAAAGUAAUGAAACAGAAACAUCUAAAGGGAUUGGAAAUAACUUACAAAUGA